AUGGCAACUAGUUUAGCAUUUAAUUCAUAUGAAAAUGAUGAUCAUACACGUUUAUUAGAUAAUUAUCGUUAUUUAGCUGA